AUCGUCUCUAAAGGGAGUUCUUGGUUUCCUCCGAUUUCUUAUGAACCCAGGAUGGGCAGCAAGGAAGAUGCGGGCAAGGGGUGUCCGGCGGCCGGCGGCGUCUCCAGCUUCACCAUUCAGUCCAUCCUGGGCGGGGGCCCCUCGGAGACGCCGCGGGAGCCCAGCGGCUGGCCGGCCAGGAAGCGCAGCCUGUCCGUGUCCUCGGAGGAGGAGGAGCCGGACGACGGCUGGAAGGCGCCCACCUGCUACUGCCCGGACCCACAAGGCCCCAAGGAGCCGGGCCCCAAGAACCACACCCCCAUCCCCUUUCCUUGCCUGGGUCCCCCCAAGGGCAGCGGCGCCGCGGGGCCAGCGGGCUCCGAGCGCACGCCUUUCCUCUCUCCUGCGCACCAGGACUUUAAGGAAGAGAAAGAGAGGCUCUUGCCCGCGGGUUCGCCGUCGCCGGGGCCCGAGCGGCCGCGGGACGGCGGCGCCGAGCGGCAGGCGGGCGCCACCAAGAAGAAGACGCGCACGGUCUUCUCGCGCAGCCAGGUGUACCAGCUGGAGUCCACCUUCGACAUGAAGCGCUACCUGAGCAGCUCGGAGCGCGCUUGCCUCGCUUCCAGCCUGCAGCUCACCGAGACGCAGGUCAAGACUUGGUUUCAGAACCGCCGCAACAAGUGGAAGCGGCAGCUCUCCGCAGAGCUGGAGGCGGCCAACAUGGCGCACGCGUCGGCGCAGACUCUGGUGGGCAUGCCGCUGGUGUUCCGGGACAGCUCUCUGCUGCGCGUGCCGGUGCCGCGCUCGCUAGCCUUCCCCGCGCCUCUCUACUACCCCGGCAGCAACCUCUCGGCCUUACCGCUAUACAACCUCUACAACAAGCUCGACUACUGACUGACCGCCGGCCCCGCGCCCCGCGCCCCGCUCCGCCCCGGCCGCCUCCCGCGGUCCCCAGAGCCUAUCCCCUUCUCAGGGCUCCGGAGCCAGGCAGCUUGUCUCUCGCAAUAUAUACACCAUGUGUAUUCAUGAUCUCUUAUUUAUGGCCUCAGCACUACUUUUUCUUGUGAUUAUUUCGGGUAUUUAUCGGCAUUUCUCAAGCCAGAUCGCCUGCUUUCUACACAAACCAACCAAUACGCUUUGAAAACCAUUUUGGAGGGGAUGUUCUCGGGUGGUGGCGAGAGGGAG